CACGGGUGUCUUUGCAAUGGGUCCCAGCGUCUGUGCUGCCUUCGGGCAGCCGGUUCGUCCCCGGGCGCGGACGGCGUGGCUGCUCAAGGAGACAGGGCUCUGCACAGGCGUGAACUCCUGACCUUGGCAUGUGGGGCAGGCGGUUCGGGAAGGCUGCACCUUCCUGCUACCGCAGCCAACGGGGAAAGGAAGAGAGCAACGUGCGGCCGGGAGUUUGGGAUUAAAGGAGGCUGCGUCCCCCAAAACCGAGAGAGAACCCCGCGAGCCUGUGCCCCGGUGCACUCUCUCCUUUUAUUCGAAUAAAGUUGGAGGAGUCCUCUCUCUCCCUUUUGGACAUAAACCUCUGGCGCCGGUGGAUUUUCCUGACAGCGGGUCCGGGAUUCUUCCCACGGCGGAGGAGGAGCCUCCUUCCCCUUCACAGCGGGGUCCGGAGGGGCCGCCUCUUCCCGCUCCAUCCUGAAUCUCGGGGAAACGAAACCACCGCCAGUGCACCCGCCCCGCCGUGCCUCCACCUCCGGGACAACCACGUGUCCCCCAGGUGCCACCUCCAGUGUCCCCCAGCCGGAGGCAUGCAGCAGUCACUGCCGCCGUACGAGGUGCUGCCGGCGGACGUGAGCAUGGAGGAGCUGCCCCGGAGCACGACGGUGAUGGUGGAGGAGACGCAGCCACCGCCCCGGGACCACCUGGUGUGGUCCCUCUUCACCACCCUGUACGGCAACUUCUGCUGCCUCGGCCUCCUGGCGUUCGUCUUCUCCGUCAAGUCCAGGGACCGCAAAGUGCUGGGUGACUACAGCGGGGCACUGAGCUACGGCUCCACGGCCAAGUACCUGAACAUCACGGCCCUGGUGAUCAACAUCCUCAUCGUCAUCAUUGUUGUCACCGUCGUGGCCCUGAUCGUCUCCGGCGCCAUUGGAGGGAUGCAUCGCUACCCGUACGGCCCCACUUAGUCCCCUCCUUGCCGCGAGAGCUGUGCAUUCCCCCUCCCCUCCGAGUUCCCCUCAGCCCUCGGAGCCGGGGAGUGCCUUCCGGUCACCAAAACUGCAGAGUGACAAUCCACAUGCUCCCCCGGAGCCCGCUGGCGUGCUGUCCCUCUUCCCUCGCCGCUCGGAGCUUUUGUGGGGCCCUCGCUGGAGGUGUCUGGGGACGGACACCAGGGAGGAGCUGAGCACCCCCAACCCCGCUGUUGCCUGUUUGAUGCUUUGCUCUGGGUCUGGAGCCCCAACUGCCUCAAAAUAAUCCCGAGGAGAAGCACCUGGUUCAGAGAAACCUCGCUGAAAUAAAGGUCUCUUUCACUUUU